GAAAUCCUCUUAAUGAAGCAACGCGUGGAGGAGAUGGAGCGCGAGGCCAACAAGCUUCGCGAACUCCAAGCAGCCGCAGAAAAGGCCGAGCAAGGUGCCCAGGGAGGCGAGCAAGUGCCUAUGGAGACCGAGGAGGACAAGGCUGCCGCAGAUGCAAGGAGUAUAUACGUAGGAAACGUCGAUUACUCCGCGACACCGGAGGAGAUCCAGCAACACUUCCAAGCCUGUGGAACCAUCAACCGUGUCACCAUUUUGUGUGACAAGUUUACGGGACACCCCAAGGGGUAUGCGUAUGUCGAGUUUGCGGAGCCAGAGUUCAUAGACGCUGCUCUCGCCAUGGACAACUCCCUCUUCCGAGGGCGCCUCAUCAAGGUGACACCAAAAAGGACAAACAUUCCUGGCUUCAAUGCCCGUGGGCGAGGGCGUGGCGGAUACCGUGGUGGAUAUCGGGGAGGGUACAGGGGAGGCUCACCUGGAUACACUCCCUACCGUGCGCGUGGCAGGUGA